CAUUAACGGCCCAACGCUUGUCAAGGCAACAUUGUCUCUUUGAUAAUCGGUUUGACCAAUCGCAGAGCAGUGGGGGCUACAACCGCAGUAGCGAGGGCGGAAACACGAUGACUAGAAUCAACGGCAGCGAUACCGGCAGCGACAGCAGAAGCUCCAAGGAUCCGGAGAAGGUCUACCCAGCUUCGAUUUACCAUUACCAAAAUGCGCACCCCAUCACCUUGGGCAGCUUCAUCGAUGAUCAGUUUUUCAAGAAAGGCAAACAAAAUUCUGGCAAGUCUCAGAAAGUCAUGGAGCAGCAGCCAUCGAAAAUAAAGCCUAUGAAACCAUCGGAGCCAAUGAAUCCAAUCCAACCUGUAAAUCUGAAGGGCCAAAUAAAUCCAAUAGGACCAGUGAAUCCAAUGGACCAAAAAAUAAUAAAGGACUCAGUGAACCCAAUGGGUCAAAUUAAACCAAUGAAUCCGAUGUGCCAAAGGAAUUCAAUGGCGUCAGUGAAUCCAUAUGGACAAAUUCAUCCUAAGGGGCCAGUGAAUCCGAAUCCAAAUGGUCAAAUGAAACAUAUGGGCCCAAUGAAUCUAAUGGAGCCAGGGAAUCCAAAUGGACAAAUUAAUUCAAUGAGCCAAAUGAAUCCGAUGGGCCAAAUAAAUAUAAUGAGCCAAAUGAACCUGAUGGACCAAAUAAAUCUGAUGAGCCAAAUGAAUCUGAUGGGGGAGCCAGUGAAUCCAAAUGUCCAAAUGAAACCAAUGGAGACAUUCCCAAAUGGACAAAUAAACCCAAUGGAGCCAAUGAAUCCAAAUGGACAAAUGAAUUCUAUGAGCUCAAUGAAUCCGAUGGGCCAAAUGAACCCGAUGGACCAAAUGAAUCUGAUCAGCCAAAUGAAUCUGAUGGGGGGGCCAGUGAAUCCAAAUGGCCAAAUGAAUCCAAUGGAGCCAGGGAAUCCAAAUGGACAAAUAAAUUCAAUGAGUCAAAUAAAUCCGAUGGGCCAAAUAAAUCGGCCAGUGAAUCCAAAUGGCCAAAUGAAUCGAAUGGAGCCGGGGAAUCCAAAUGGGCAAAUGAAUUCAAUGAGCCAAAUGAAUCUGAUGCGGGGGCCAGUGAAUCCAAAUGGCCAAAUGAACAUGAAUUCGUAUGGACAAAUGAACCCAAUGGAGCCAAGGAAUCCAAAUGGACAAAUGAAUGCAAUGAGCCAAAUGAAUCUGAUGCGGGGGCCAGUGAAUCCAAAUGGCCAAAUGAACAUGAAUUCGUAUGGACAAAUGAACCCAAUGGAGCCAAGGAAUCCAAAUGGGCAAAUGAAUGCAAUGAGCCAAAUGAAUCCGAUGGGCCAAAUGAAUUCAAUGUGCGAAAUGAACCCGAUGGACCAAAUGAAUCUGAUGAGCCAUAUAAAUUUGAUGGGGGUUCCAGUGAAUCCAAAUGGUCAAAUAAAUUCCAAGGUGCCAGUAAAUCCAAUGAAGCCAGUGAAUUCAAUGGAGGCAAUGAAUCUAACGGCGCAAAUGAAUGCAACGGGGAAAACAAAUCCAAUGGAAUCCACGGAGCCAAUGGAUGAGGAGCACCCCUUACUUGGUUCCCCAAGUGAAGCUCCGCCACUUGACCCGCCGCUGACGAUGCCCAUCGAUCUCGACGAUGACCUACCCGAUGUGCCGGUGUAUUAUGGUGCUCCUCGGGACUUGACAAAACCACUCACACCAUAUGUCGAGUCAUUGAUACAGGCAUCCGUUAGAUUGCGGCGCAACCCAUUGGGUCUAAACUUUAUAAACAGUGACAGCGAUUCCGAUGAUGAGGAUACGUUUGCUAACCAAACGCUGAGGCCCAUUGGUUACGAGAUGCUGAUGGCCAGGAGACACAACGACAAUAUUGAACUCAUCAGCCGCCACCAUCAGGAGCAAGUGGUACUUAAGGUCCGCACCAACACGGUUGUCUGGGAGACCUAUAGGAGCGAUAGCACGCUGCCGCCAAACAAGACUAUUUGGAGUUUUGAGCGCCAUGAUCCCAAGCCAAGACAUGUGACACCCAAUCCGUCGACCCAGUCAAAUCCAACCAUUUCGAUGCCCUCGAACGUGACGGCCGAUCCGACAUACUGGAUUCCGAACAACUUUCCCAUGCAGCUUGCCAACUUGCAUACCAAUAAUCAGUCGGCUCCGGAAAGUGAAAUCCAGUACCUAUAUGAGAACUGGUGGCACAAUGCCAGCUACAUGAACUUCUUUGCUAGUAUGGACCACAUCAUGGUCAACCUUUUACAGAUCGAGCUGUACGCUGCCCAGAUGUACACCGAGUACGGCGAGGCGUUCUUCGAGACGGCCAUUGGCAGAUACUGCACGGAAGAGUCUACCGGCUCUUCGGCGCCAUUUGGUCAGAUUCAGCUGCAGUUCAUAGAGCGGAUCCGCCAGAUCCAUCAUAUCAAUAAGAUUAAUCAGAUCAAUCAGAUCCAUCGGAUCCAACAGAACCAACAGGAGCCGCAGCAGUUCCAACAGCCGCAAGAGAUCCAACAGCGACAGCAGUUCCAACAGCCGCAGCAGUUCCAACAGCGGCAGCAGUUCCAACAGCCGCAGCAGUUCCAACAGCGACAGCAGUUCCAACAGCGGCAGCAGUUCCAACAGCCGCAGCAGCAGACGCAGCAGCGUACGCGCAGCUUUUCAUCGGAGAUGCAAGAGAUGGCGCGCAAAAUGAGCAGGACAUUACUGGGACAUCGCCAGGAGCAACACGAGAAUCAGCCGAAUAUGCGCUACUUAAAGUCUGGAGAGGAAGGACCACGUCCAGGACGUUUUGAUGGAGGCGAAGAGUCGGGCGGACGCAAGCCAAAUCGUGGUCUAAAGGUUGCAAAGCGUCGCUUUAAUAACAAAAUGGAGUCGGAGCGCCAAGAUAGUGACUCUGAUGGGCGUUUUUGCUAGAGGAUCGGAUGGAAAGAAAGAUGAUCUCAAAAAACUGGAAGAUCUCGCCUUGAAUAAAAAAAAACUUCCCACCGCUACCCGGGACAUCGAACAAGUACAGGAAUUUGGAAAUUUGAAAAAUCUCAGAGGAACAGGACAACUUGAAGCAGAAAUUUUGAAAACAUCUAUUUGUGGCCUAAAUAUAAGAGCCUUUUUUUUUUUGUAUACCUUUGGAGACAUAUCUAUUAACAGAAGACAGAAUUGCAUUUACACACAUAUGUAUCUACAUAUUGUUGACAGAAAAAAUAAUUGCAUUUGCACAGAUACGAGAAUUGUUUGCUAACAGAAAAAACAAUUUCAUUUACACACAAAUCUAUUGGUAACAGAAAAAAAAAAUUGGUAACACAAAUACGAGAAUCUAUUGGUAACAGAAAACGAAAUUGCAUUUACGCACGUAUGCGAAUCUAUUGUUAACAGAAAACAGAAUUACAUUAACCAUUUCAUAAACACACCUGAUAAAACCACCGAACAUGCAUCAAAAUGCUUGACUCGUGUAAAUAUCGAAUUUGUGUGCCAUAAAGUAAUCAGUUUCGUGAUCAAUUUCGUGAUUACAAUUUUGUGAUAGCUAGUAAUUAAUCCAUUCCCAUACAAUUUUAGGGACUAAAGCAAAACACAAUUAUAUUUACAUUUUUUAUGCAAACAACUGAUGAUAAUAAAAUCUUUACU